AUGUUGGUGACCCAUGUCACUCUGACAAAUGGAGCCGCAUCCCUGGUGCUCCUGAGUUCCCCCAUGAUCUUCUACCCCCAGGACAGCCUCAACAACCCAGCCGUGCUGAACCUGCUGGUUCAGCAGAUCGUGCACGACACCUUCUCCAACUCCUGCAUGAGGAUCACCAAGGAGGAGUGCCACAGGAUGAGGAUCCUGCUGGACGAGUGCAAGGUGACGCCCAACACGCCCACCAAGGACGACACGGUGAAGAAGAGGAUCGUGAUGGCCGCACGGGACCAGUGGGAUACCUACUUCUCCCGUCUCUUCCCCGCGGCGGGCCCGAUCGGAAUCGACAUCCAGAUGCUGGCCGUAUCCCACAAGGGGAUCAAGUUGGUGAAGAUCGUUAAGCUGGCCGGGGCUAACACAAUGUACAUCAAGGUCUUAGCCCCUUACAGCUACGCCGACAUCCUCUAUGUGACCAUCGCCAACAAGGUCACCUUGGAGUUCGCGAUGCGCAACGAGCAGAUCACCAUCUACUCGCCCAAAGCCAGCCAGAUCAAGGAGCUCGUGGACUUCUACUGCUCCGAGCUCAUGAGGAACUCUGCGUACGUGAUCGCGGUGAAGAGCUACUUCACCGACCAGAAAAUCAUGCUCAGCUUCAGGAAGGGAGAUGUCAUCAAACUUCAGACCGCGGCCGCCCCCAUGCAGGAAGGCUGGAAGUUUGGCGUGGCGCACGGCCGCUCAGGCAUCUUCCCGGCCGACUACGUGCAGCCGAUCGCCCCGCCGGACUUUGCGAUCUCGCAGCCGGAGCCGCGCCACGAGGAGAGCUGGACACCCCCGCCCAUGCACGUGGCGCAGUCGGGCGCCGUGGCCGUCGCCAUCGCGUCGGCCCCGGCCGCGACGGCGAUCAGCCAGAGGGCAGAGAGCUCCAGCAGUCGCUCGAGGAGCAGUGCCCCAGAGUCCGAGGAGAACCCCUACAUGGAAGAUCUGGUGGAGACAAACCCUCACAUCAUGGUGGACUUUGCCAAGAGGCACUUCAGGAAGCCCUUCAACAAGAAGAGCAGAAAGGGCCAUGAGUCCAUGUCUCCGGCAGACAUGGUGGUGUUCAGCAGGAACCCGAUCCAGGAUUCACUCAUCGACAUCAAGGACAGCAACCUCAACAAGCAGGCGGUGGAAUCCUUUCAGACCAUCAUGAGGUUCAUGGGAGACUUGCCGCCCAAGGGAUCCGACGCGGAGUGUGUGUACAGCCUGCUGCGGUAUGGGCAUCAGGACGUGUUGAAGGAUGAGAUCUACUGCCAAGUCAUCAAGCAGGUCACCAACAACCAAAGCAACAAGCCGGACAGCGCCCAGAAGGGCUGGCGGCUGCUCUACAUCCUCACGCCGUACUUCAAGUGCACGGACGUCCUCAAGCCGUACUUGAUCUCGUAUCUCCACGGCCUGGCCAGCAAGCCCUCCCCCUUCCAAGGAAUGGCCAAGGUGUGCGAGGAGCAGCUCCAGCAGACGCUGCUGUGCGGCGGGCGGCGCAGCGUGCCCAGCGAGGUGGAGCUCGUCGCCAUGAUGUCGGGAAGGAACUCAAAGAGGCAGCUCUUCAACCUGCCCGGUGGCAUCGACAGGUUCUUCAAAGUGAAGACUUCAACGGUGGCCCUGGACGUGCUCAUGGAGCUGUGCAAGGAGAUGGAGCUUAGCAACCCUCAAGCGGCGCAAGAGUACGCCAUCAUCGCCCUGUGCAACAGCGGUUCCUUCAAGAAGCCGCUGCUCAAGCGCGAGUACGUGAUGGACGUGGUGGCCGAGGCGGAGAAGAUCGACCCGGCCUUCAGCUUCUGGAUCAAGCGUGUGGUCUGGGGCCAGCCGCUGGUGCUGUCCAACAGCCUCUACAUCACGAUGCACUUCAACCAGGUGCGCCGCGACUUCACGAUGGGCCACCUGCUGGCGCUGCCUUCGGGCCGGCCUACGGAGCAGCAUCUGAGCAUGGUGGCGCGCAUGGCCGCGCUGCAACACCGUGCCAAGGAGGACCGGCAGCCCCCGAGCCAGAAGGACAUGGAGUCCUACAUCCCAACCAUCUGGUUCCGGUUGCAGUCUCUGUCCAACUGGCAGAGCCUCAUCUCGCAGCAGCUCAAUGACGUGCACGGCAUGAGUGCCCUUCAGGCCCGGACCACCUUCCUAGAAAAGAUGAGCACCCUACCCCUGUUCGGCUCCAACUUCUUCAACGUGAAGGGCAGCGGAAUCCCCCCGUGCCUGGGGGCCGUGAACCUCAAGGGGCUGCAAUUCGUCAAAAUCGAGAACGCGGAGCCCUUCAACAUCAUGCACCUGCGAGACAUGAACUCCGUCAAGGCCCUGCCGCCGACCAAGUCCAUGAGUCCGCAGCUCGAGAUCAUAUCGGGGAACCAGAGCUCCCGCAAGACGACCGUCUUGGAUGUCCAGCAUGCGUUGGAGAUGUGCCACAACAUGAGCAUGCACAUGGAAACCAUGAUGGGGCCACGGAGCUGAGGCGGCGCCUGACCUCGCUGCCGGCGCUUCCUCGGAGCGACAGCCCCGCGACAGCGCUAGCAGCAGCUGUGGCGGCCACAUGUGACACACCACGAGACGGUCCACGUGAGAGCACAGGAUAUCCCACGACAGCCUCUGCCUGGCCAUUUGAGAGCCCGUUAAAAAUCGAUAGCCCACACGCAACAGUACGUGGACAGUCCUCGACAGCCCAUGUGAGAGCCUAUGGCACCUCAUAACGGUCCAUGACAUAUGAGUUAUUAGAUGUGACAACCCAUGUAAUAGUCCCAAGACAUCUCAUCAUAGCCCACCACAUAUCAAUGUGUUAUACCACGUGACGGCCUAGAACAUUGUGCGACAGCCAAUAUGACAUCCCACUUGAUAGCCCCGCCGAAUGGCCCAGUAUUUCUCUGGUGCCAGCUCGUGGAUGGCCUUUUUGCUAACAACACUCCCGCUCAGGCCCGAAGGGUCAGACCACAUGUACGUUGUACUGUGGGGGCGGCUAGCAGGAGGGGAAAACACUUACUCCGUUUUUUGUUCCAACAGCUGCUUUCGUUCCAACAACCCGAGUUCCCACUGGUACAACCUGCAUUGCAUUCCCUGAUAGCGCACCGACCUGCUCUCAACCCAUGAAAAUGUUAGAAUGUUGCGAACUUCCAUUCCAGACGACUCCACGAAAAGUCAUUAAGACACAAACCGAAUUCAUAACCAGGGUCACAAUGAAUGCAAUGGGCUGUUAAGCCCCAGAGUCCACUGUUUUAAACGCACUGGGCAACGCUAUAGUGAGUGAUAUGUACAUAAUGCUGUAGUGAUAUUAGAUAAACUGUGGAGAUACCCCAAAAAAAAGUUUCGUGUGGGAUUUGGGACUUGCUCAGGGCCACCCCCACCGUUCCUAUUGGUCCGUAGCUUCACCAGCUGCUGCCUGCGAUCACUGCAGAUUACACGUGGGCAUCUUCUGCAGCCAAAACAAAUGGGAUGUUAAUUUUGUAAAACUUUUCGAAAUAUUGUAAAUCGAUUCCGUUGUACUUCUGAGCACUGACUAGAUUCACGCAUGAAGCGCCGACACUUAAUUAGAUAAUGUGCCAAUUAAAAUACUCUGCGUCAGCUAUGUGACCUUGUUAACUGUGGGGAGGGGGGGGCCAGAACACAGCCACUGUUAAACUCUAAACAUGUUAUUUGUUAAAAAGCAUGAGUAACGGUGUACUGUCCUUGUCCAUCGCGUGUUCCGCUGCACUUACUUCCCCCCCACUGAUGCAUAAGAGUGAAGGCGUUGACGCUCGUCGGUACCAAAACCUUGUUUUGGUACCGACAUUUAUUUCACUAUUACGAGAAUGUAGACCCUGGGGGAACUCGGCCCCCUCGAGAACCCUCUCCUGACCAGCACUACGGCUGGUGCGCGUAGAAUCGAUGUUAAUUGUGCAUAGCAGCCGCAGAUUUUCAAUGUAAUCGCGGGUAUAUUUUGUAGUCAAAUCACAAUUGUAGAACGAUUAAGCAAACGGUCCAACGGGGAAUCUGUAUAUGCCCAAGAUAUUUUAUCCGAAUCUACUUCAGCCGCAUACCCCUCUCUUAACCGUUGCCUUUCAUUAACUCUGCGAUGUACGUAAAUGUUCUUGACGAGACUGCCGCCGCCCGCGAUCAAGACUCGCAAACAGCCCUUGGCAAAAGGAAAGGAAAUCUGAAUGCAGUUUUUUUAAACUGUGACAUCCACAGUCAAAAACAAUCGCUGAGCACAGACGUCAACUCUACCUCCUCCUCCUCCCUUCUAACGUGAAAAUUAAGUCGAUUCGAAAGCGUUAACGUUUCCCGAUUGUCUUUUUCUCUCUCCGCAUUAAUUGAAUAACAAUUUCGUCACGUGUAGCUUUACUUGGAAAUAAAAUUGUUUUCACCGUGUGCGGACUCCGGAAUGCAUUGGCUCAAGAUUAUGUAAAGGAUUCCAGAAAUGCUUGUCAUGUCUCUGAGCGCUACACUGCGGCGGGGGAGCUUUGUCAAUCCCUCCAAAAAUGCCGCAUGUAUACAUUGUAUCUGUCCCAUUGAUUUUCCCAAACAACAUUUUUACUGAAAUAAAUGGCAGUUCAAAUAAAGUGGUGAAUAGCAAAACCCAGUGCCAUUCUAUCCCCAAGUAUUGGCUUUGCAGGUACGUGGGGAGAGUAGUAAUAGUAAUUAAAAAGAAAGGAUACUUCUCAACCGCCUUUCACCCAGAGAUCACAAGUCGCUGUACAGCACACGCAGGUUCACAGCAAAUGCAAUGCAACCCCAAAACAAAGGAUUCAAGAGAUUUUUUUAAAAAGCCCUUAAUAUAAGCGCGUCUCAAGGCGCGAUGUGAAUAGUUGACAUCCGUGUCAAUCCACUGCUGGAUGAGCCCUACCCCCCCCCCCCCCCACGCCGUGUUGGUUGUGGGGGGCUCAUCCGGCACUCACGCGUUUCCAUCCACAUUGUAAACGACGCCAUGCGAACACGAGAACAGCAGUCGACAAAGACGAUGACGUCGCCGCCGCAGUGAAGAAACCCUGUAUUCGUAAAAUGCGUCAGCAUAUAAUAAAGUCUUUCGAAAAACACAUUUUUUUACGAGGUUGCCAAGAGGAAUAAAAUAAUGACACUACUUACGAAGGACUCUUAUUAAAUACAUUUGGUUCAACUCUGUUUCCAGCACAGCAGUUAACCGGUCAAUUUGGCCAAAACGCACACGGAACUGUGUCACCAUCAGUUUUCCUUAAGUUAACCUUAUCCAGAUUAAAACGUUCAUUUAUCCGAUUUAAAAAAAAAA